UUGGUCCAAAUCAUCUGAAUAGUCUGUGGGCAUGCAAUAUUUCGGACGGCGUGUGAAGCGUAGUGUCGGUGUUGUGUUGUUUAAGCUGCUAAGUAGUACCAACGGAGAGUUGCCGGUCUCCUGUUGCAAGGAGUCAUCAAGCAGGAAACAAUGAAAAAGCUUUUCAUUUUAGGGAUUAUUGGUAUUUUCCUCAUUGCAGCUGUGAGAGCUGAUGAUGUGGAGGAUGUCACUUUAGAUGAAGAUCUUGGCAAGACGAGGGAAGCAUCAAGAACAGAUGAUGAGGCUUUGCAAAGGGAAGAGGAAGCUAUACGUCUAGAGGGAUUAAAUAUAGCUCAGAUGAAGGAACUUCGUGAUAAGGCUGACAAAUUUGCUUUCCAAGCUGAAGUUAACCGCAUGAUGAAGCUUAUUAUCAAUUCCCUGUACAAAAACAAGGAGAUUUUCCUGCGUGAGUUAAUAUCCAAUGCUUCAGAUGCUUUGGAUAAAAUUCGCUUCCUUUCUCUUACGGACAAAGAUGCCCUGAGAGCAACAGAAGAACUCAGCAUUAAAAUAAAGGCUGACCCAGAAAACCAUGUCUUGCAUGUGAUGGAUACAGGCAUAGGCAUGACACGUGAUGAUCUUGUUAAAAACUUGGGGACUAUCGCUAAGUCAGGAACAAGCGAUUUUCUAGAAAGACUUGGAGAAGCUUCCCCUUCUGAGAUGAAUGAUUUAAUCGGGCAGUUUGGAGUUGGCUUUUACUCCAGUUUUCUUGUUGCUGAUAGAGUGGUGGUGACAUCCAAACACAACGAUGAUGAACAGCAUGUGUGGGAAUCAGAUACUGAAUCCUUCAGUGUUGCUUUAGACCCUCGGGGCAACACAUUGGGUCGUGGUACAACAGUCAGCUUGCAUCUAAAGGAGGAGGCUCAUGAUUUCUUGGAACCUGGAACUUUACGGGAGCUUGUGAAGAAAUACAGUCAGUUUAUCAACUUUAACAUCUUUCUUUGGACAUCCAAAACUGAAGAAGUGGAGGAGCCAAUAGAAGAGGAGGCAGAGAAGGAAAGUGAUGAUGAGGAAGAAGAGGAAGGCAAAGUUGAAGAGGAGGUUGAAGAAAAAAAACCCAAAACAAAGAAGGUUUCAAAAACUGUUUGGGACUGGGAGCUCAUGAACUCCGUUAAGCCAAUUUGGACUCGCAAACCAGCAGAUGUGAGUGAAGAGGAAUAUACCGAAUUCUACAAGUCAAUCAGCAGGGACUUUGAGGAGCCCAUGACAAAGAUUCACUUCACUGCAGAAGGAGAAGUCACCUUCAAGUCCAUUUUGUAUGUCCCUAAACACUCCCCAAAUGACAUGUUCAGCAACUACGGGAAAAAGGUUGACCACAUCAAAUUAUAUGUGCGGCGUGUCUUCAUUACUGAUGAUUUUGAAGACAUGAUGCCCAAAUAUCUCACCUUUAUUCGGGGCAUAGUUGAUAGUGAUGAUCUGCCUUUGAAUGUGUCCCGUGAGACAUUGCAGCAGAACAAGUUGUUAAAGGUUAUCAAGAAGAAGCUUGUUCGCAAGACCCUUGACAUGAUCAAAAAGAUUGGCAAGGAGGAAUAUGACAAGUUCUGGAAAGAAUAUAGUACAAACAUCAAGUUGGGUGUAAUUGAGGAUACCUCAAAUAGAACACGUUUGGCCAAGUUGCUAAAAUUCUAUUCAUCCAACUCUGAGACAGAGCAGACCUCUCUGACUGACUAUGUGGAGCGUAUGAAGGAAAAACAAGAGGCUAUCUAUUUUGUAGCUGGUACUAGCCGUGAAGAGGUGUCAAAGUCUCCAUUUGUAGAGCGACUGCUGAAAAAAGGCUAUGAAGUAUUGUACCUAAUUGAGCCUGUAGAUGAGUACUGCAUCCAGAGUUUGCCUGAAUUUGAGGGCAAGAAGUUCCAGAAUGCAGCCAAAGAAGGCCUCAAGCUAGACCAGUCAGAGAAAGCCAAAGAGUUACGGGAAGCUCAAGAGAAAGAAUUUGAACCCCUUCUAACCUGGCUUAAGGACAGUGCCCUUAAAGAAAAGAUUGAAAAGGCAACUAUUUCUGAACGCCUCUCUACCUCUCCUUGUGCACUUGUGGCUAGUCAGUAUGGCUGGUCAGGCAAUAUGGAACGCAUCAUGCGUGCACAGGCAUAUGCAAAGCAACAAGAUCCCAGUCAACAAUUCUAUAGCAAUCAGAAGAAGACUCUGGAAGUGAAUCCCCGUCACCCACUCAUCAAGGAGUUGAAGGCAAGAGUUGAGGUAAACAAGGAUGAUGAAACAGCCAAAGAUCUGGCCGUUGUAAUGUUCGAGACAGCAACACUUCGCUCAGGCUAUCUGCUACCAGACACUGCUGGCUUUGCUGAACGUGUGGAACGAAUGCUUCGACUUAGUUUGGAUGUUCCUCUUGAGGAAGCAGUAGAGGAGGAACCUGUUUUGGACGAGGAAGAAGCAGGUGUAGAGGAAGAAGAUGUAGAGGAGAAAAUCACUGAAGAUGAUGAUGCUGUUGGAGAUGAUGCUGAAACAACACGAGAAGAGCUUUAGCAUGACAACGGAGGCAAACUACAGGAUGUUGAAGUGGUCAGCAUGGAUAUGGUGUGAGAAACAAGUGUAUGAUUCUGGAUGCUUGGCUGAUUCCUACCCACCAUUUGCCAGCAGGUUGCUUGGAUUUGUGUGCAAGCAUACGUGAGAGGAAAAUCAUAUGUACUGUUUUUAAAAAAAACUUGUCUUCAUUUCCUUAUACUGUUUGACUAAAUAUGAGAAAUUGAGUAGCCAUUGGAGAAUAGGCCCAUUUUACAUUUGAGGGUCUCAAGGCUCAAGUGCUUACAAAGUGUGACUGAAAUGUGUCUAAAUAAAGUUUACACGAGAACAUGAAUGUAUGUAAAAUGAUCCAUCAUUUGUUGCAUUAAUUUACAUAUGCUUGUUAUUAUCAUGGGAAAAUGUGAUCAUGUUCACAUCUAUGGCAAUGAUGUCAGCAAAACAUUCAUGUGUGUGUGUGGUCAUCUUUCUUCAGCCAAGUUGAAAGUUUCUUUUUUUUUUUUCCAACUUGUUGUCAGGCUAACAUGUCUGAAAGACGUUCCCUUAAACUCUCCCCUUCUACUGUGAUCGCAUGUAUUGCUUGACUUCAUCACAGGCAUGAGUGCUGUUCAUAGCAAUAGAUGUGCUGCUUUUCAAAUAAGGCCACCACUUUCUAGGAAGCAAAACAUUAGACUAACUCCAGGAUUUACCUCAGUCAGCAUGUCGGUGACACAAAAUCUGUAAAAAAUAGUUAUCUGUGGCUGUCACAGGCUGCCCAAGCUGUGAUUGGUCUAGAAGACCAAUUAGCUUUCCAAUGUUAACUUUAUUGGAGGUGAUGUAUGCAUCAAAGUGUAGUUCAGUAGAAACUUGAAUGAAUGUGUAUGCUUUAUGGAGGAUUUGUCAAUAAAUUUCUUUUGAUUCUUACGAAA